AUGGUGCGUGACGAACGGGCGCAAUGGGACGCUUCUGAUGAUGCGCCGCCCCCUCGACACAAUCGACGCGGCUGGGGCCGUCAUCGCGGUGGGCCGCGUGGUCCCCAUGCGCAUGGCGAUGCACGUCAUUUUUCUGCGCCGCCGUUUGGUGCGUACGGUCCUUCGCCAGAUCGUGCGAAAAUGAUGCAGAUCGAAGCGACGCGGCAUAUUCACCAGUCUAUUUUCCAGCUCGGUGAACAAGACUCGUUUGACUUUGCGAGUGAGAUUCCCAAAGUUUGUGCAUGGCUGGAGAGUCAAGCGCUCGAGUUCCCUGCCGCCGUGGUGAGUGCGUUGCGUAUUAUGGCCACAGAGCAGCCACACAAAACCGCUUUAACCGCAGCGCUGAUCGGUCAGCUCGCGCUUGCGCCUACGCAGGCGCCACCGUCGAGCGGUGACAAUGGGGGUGCAGGUCUCUCGCUGGGUAUGCGUGUCAUGGACCAUCUCGCGAAUAUGUUUGUGCAGGAUAUUGAUGCACACUACUGGCGCAAUGUGCGCUUAUCGCUGCAUGUGUUUGCUGCGCUAAUUCCACUUGGCAUUGUAUCGCCGGCCUCAGUCCGAGCCGCGCUGCAGGCGCUUGUCGACGUGCUUGCGAGUGACGGUGUGAGUCGCACUGUGGCUGAUGCCGCGGCCGACUGUGUUAUUGAGACUGUGUGCCGAGCGGGUGCGGACUUGCUGCAACCAGAGCAAACACCGACAGAUGCGCCGGGGCAUGCGAAAGAACAGCUGGACGCGAUCGUGCGUGGGAUCCGUGCCUACGCUGACCGCCGCGAGGCACCCAGCACCCUUCUCUCGCCCUUUUCGCUCGCCCACGACGAGGGCGAGUACGCGUUUCUCAACGAGGAGGGCUGGGUCGAUCGUGUGCACGCGCUAGAAGCGAUGCAGGAGUAUGGGUACGUCCGCCCAGGCUUCCUCCCAUCGGCAUCGCAUCUACUUCCUACCACGGUCUCGUCGAUUACGAGCACUGUGCCUCUGGAACAACGGACGAUACGUCUGCCCGAGAUUCACGUCUCGCCGAUUCGCAGCGCCAAGUACGAUGAUCAGGACGACGAUCUCCUAGCGCCACCGCCUCAUCUCAACACGGGCAAAGGUAUGGCGGAUGUCGUGCGUGCCCGCAUUGGCGCGCCUACGCCUGAAUGUGCAGCGCGAUGGAUGGGCGAUAGUGUGCCGCAGCUUGGCCGGGCGAAUGGCCUGGUCCUUCGUGCGAUUGUCCAAGAUGUGCUGGACUUGUACGUGGUCAAUCGCAAGGAGUGUGCGCAUGUCCUCCUGGCCCUCCCGCAGUGGCUGCGUCGUGGCACGUUUGACGGGCGUGUUCCGCCGACACGGGGUGUCUUUGGAGAGAGCGAUAGCGAAUGGCUUGCUACGCAAGGUGAUGGACCCUGGAGUUUAGAGGAUGUGCUGCUGGAGUGUGUCCUGUCCACCGCGCUGCUCUUCCCACGUCCACCGCAGCUGGAGCUGUACUAUUCGUCUCUGCUUCGUGAGAUCGUCACGCUGGCACCGCAGCAAGUUGCUCCUUCGAUUGGGCGCACGAUCCGGCGCUUGUACAGUGCCUGUGCGGAGGGCCGUGUGCACGCGGAUGUGCUGCGCCGCGUGGCUGACUGGUUCAGUAUGCAUCUGAGCAACUUCAACUUUACGUGGGCGUGGACCGAGUGGGCUGACGAUGCCGCGCUGCCCUGGUCGCAUCCACGACGUGCGUUGGCACGACGCGUCGUUGAGCUGGAGGUGCGAUUGGCCUACUACGACCGUAUUAAAAGCACGCUUCCGCCCGAGUUGGAGUCGUCGCUGCUGCCCCCUUGGGAACCUGCGCCUGUCUACCUCUACGGUGAUCCUUCGCAUGCACACCAUGCCCUGGCCAUGCAGUUUUUCAACUCUCUCAAGGCCAAGGCCAGUGUGCAAGUCGUGCAGGCCGAUCUGCAAAGUUUCCAGCAGCGCAUCCUUGCGCCGCCUAGCGAUGUGCCAUCGCUCGACGAGACGCAUGUCGAGACGCCCGCUGAGGCCGAGCAGGUCGUCCGCGAUAUGGCCGUGCAGACGCUGCUCAAUGCUGGCAGCCGCAGCUUUUCUCACUUGCUCAACGUCAUUGAGCGGUACCAUGAACUGCUACGUGCGCUCUCACAGACCCCGGAGGCCCGUGUAUCUAUUCUGGCCAGUACGGCCGCAUUCUGGACGCGCUCGCCGCAGUGGGUCCUUAUCGUGUGUGACAAACUCCUGCAGUACCGUAUUGUCGAGCCUGUGGAUGUGGUGACCUUCGUCUUUUCGACGCCCGAAGCCACUGAGGCAGACGACGAGGCUGGCAGUGCGUUCGCGCUGGCCACACCGUCGGCCGUCUGGGGCUCGACGUCCCGCGAUUGGAGUUCGUUCCAUUGGUGGGCCAUGCUGCGUUUGACCGUCGACAAGGUCCUGGGCCGUGUGGGUCAGCUUGCUCGUCGUGUCGAGGAGCUGAAACGUGCCUCGUCUACUGAGACAACAGCGAGUGCGGACCCGACCUCGCACAGCGUUUCGUCGUCGGACGCUCCCCCGCGCGCUGCAGCCUCGUCGGUCGACGAAGCGCAAGUCCAUCUCGAUGCCAUCCAACUCGAGCAACGCAAAGUGCUUGUGACGAUCCUUACACAGAUGGUCGCUCUCCUUCAUGCACGUGGCCUGCCCACCUUGGAUGCUCAUGCUAGUGCAGAUGCAUGGCAGACGUGGUGGCUACACGAAUGGUACCGUGCGUUCCUGGGCGUGUACGCACCUGUGCUGGCGGCACACCGUGAGAUCCUUCUAGCGAACGUCUUUGCAAAGACGGCUAACGACGAUCCUGCGCUUACAUUGUUCGAGCAGGCAACGACAUGGGCCGCGUCGCUGGCACUGUAG